CGUGGAUUUUGCGAUCAUGUUGUCUGUUGUGCAUGUGCAGUACAGUGCAGUGUCGUUUCGUUAGCGCUAGCUAAGCAAGUGGUACGGCGCUGGCGUGUCUGAUCUGGAACUGCUGUAAAGUUCAAAAGAGAAGUAGGCCCGAUAAGUAUAAUACAGUUUCAGAGCGUAUACCUGUGUGCAGCUGCAGACAGUCUAUCUAUGUGACAAGGCGUCGAGAUUCACGAAGACUGAUUUAGUUUUGCUGCCAGGAAGCACAAUUGUUUCACCAGCCAGGAUGGUAGAUGUUUUCGGCAUGAGCGUUGACCCUUUGCUUGUUGCGUCAUUUAUUGUGGUUGGUGUCGUGAUGAUGUACCUCCUAAGCAAGUACUCUGAGGGAGGAUGGUGUUAUAGCAAGGCUCGUCUGGACGGCAAGACGGUCCUCAUCACAGGAGCAAACACCGGCAUAGGCAAGGAGACGGCUAGAGAUCUUGCCAGGAGAGGUGCUCGUGUGAUUCUAGCGUGUCGUGAUCUAGCCAAGGCGGAAGCAGCCAUGACAGACAUCCGUGAAGACACUGGUAACAGCAAUUUGGCGGUAGUCAAACUAGACUUGGCUUCCCUGGCCUCGGUCAGGGAAUGUGCAGAGAAGAUCAAAAGAGAGGAAUCCAGGCUAGAUAUUCUCAUCAAUAAUGCCGGUAUCAUGAUGUGUCCCGAGUGGCAGACAGAAGACGGGUUUGAGAUGCAGUUUGGUGUCAAUCAUCUGGGUCACUUCCUUCUGACUAACCUCCUGUUGGAUCUUAUCAAGUCCUCCACCCCAGCCCGCAUCGUCAACGUCUCCUCUCUGGCUCAUGAGUUUGGCAAGAUGAACUGGGAGGACAUCCACAUGAGAACCAACUACCAUCCAAUCCAUGCCUAUGGCCAGAGCAAGCUUGCCAAUGUGCUUUUCACAAGGGAACUCAGUAAACGCCUCAAAGAUACCAGCGUGAAUGUCUUUGCCCUACAUCCUGGUAAUGUGAAAACGGAGCUGACGCGGUACACCAGCCAAUCCCUGGGUCUGCUCUUUCGCAUCAUCUUCAUGAUUGCAGCCUCUCCUCUAGGAAGGAUCGUCAUGAAGACUGCCGUCCAAGGAGCCCAAACAUCCAUCCACUGUGCUGUGGAGGAGGAGCUAGCAGAUAAGUCAGGGUUGUACUUCAGUGAUUGUGCUGUCAAGAAUCCUGGUAAGCGAGCCUUAGAUGAGGAGUCUGCUCGUCGAAUGUGGGAACUCAGUGCCGAGAUGGUUGGCUUAGAGAAGAAGGUCGAGUAAGCGGGGAACUUGAAGACGUUCAAAAUGGACUCUGUGCACGGAUGCUAAAUGUUGCUAUAAGACCACUCAUUAAGGGACACUAACAUGCUUGCACUAAUAGCUACAUCAUGAAGUACACAUGAUUAAUUAUACUCUGAAUGUUCACAAACCUGUAUCGUCAUUGCAUGAGCACUAGGCCCACAUAUGGUGACAAUGCAUUCCACUCUCUUUUGACCCUGUUUGUCACAGUUGAAAGGCUUGCCGGGGGGGGGGGGGGGGUGUUCAAAAUGUUUCAGUCUGUUUCGGAUUGAGUCUAUCCAGAAGUGUUAAGUUCUUCAUUUACUAUAAAAAUAAAUGCAUGGGAUGAGCCCUCAUAGAAUCACCAAGUUUGUGAAUCAUUUAACUUUGUUUGAUUUGAUUUAUUUCCAAACACCACAAUUAUAAAAAUUGAACAAUUAAUUAAACAGAAUAUACAACCAACGUGAUGAAUGGUGGAGGUUGGCACUGGCAGAAAGCCAAAGCUUGUAAAACCUUUAAGAGGUAUAUCCCCCUCUUUUAUGUGAUCGUUGUCCACCAUAGAAAAGUUACGGGAAUCUCGGGGGAA